AUGGCAGAAGAAGAUCGCAAAUCUGGAACUAGGUCAGUCAGCGUGGAUAUAUAUAAAAUAUUACGUUGAAUUUUCAGAGUUUUCAAAAAAACUAGCCCAAAUGGGAAAAUUACAACCUAUCUGGGUAAAAGAGAUUUCAUCGACCGCGGAGAUUAUGUUGACUUGAUAGGUAACUUUUUACUUUUUUGCAUUGCGCAGCAAUGCCCGUAGCGAAGCCUGAAACCCCCAGUCGGAGGUCAGGCUUGUACGCAUGUAUACGUCGAGAUCCAGGCUUGUCUAUGCGCAUUGCUGCGCAAUGCAAAAAAAGCUCGCUUCGCUCAGUUUUCUCAACGCGAACAACAGCGAAUUCCCAUUUGCACCCGGUGGUCAAGUGAAUAUCCCUCACAUAUCCCGGGCAAAGAGUUGCGGGUUUGAAACUCGCGCUCUUCCCUUUUCUCUGCGCCCCUGCUCGAACAUCCAUAGAUAUAGACAGACACCUCUUGUAUUUUACAUUAGCACCUCAAGUUUCUGGCAAUGUCAGUCUGCCGAAAUCCUACGUGAAAACCUGGUCGCGGGCCGAGAUUUUUUUUUUCAAUUCAGCAUUAAAUUCACGCUUAGGGCGAUUGGCAAAAUUCUGCGGCUGCAAUGCAAAUCUGAUCAUUCGGCUUCGGAAAAAUAAAUAGGCCAUAAAAUUAACAUUUUUUUCAAGCAUACGAUCAUUGUUCUCAGAUGGCAUGGUGCUUAUCGACGAAGAGUAUAUCAAAGAAAACAAAAAGAUUACCGCUCAUCUUCUUGCUGCAUUCCGCUAUGGAAGAGAGGACUUGGACGUACUCGGAUUAACAUUCAGAAAAGAUUUGAUUUCGGAAACUUUUCAAGUUUUUCCACAAGUUGAAACCACUCGGCAAAGACCAUUAUCCAGACUUCAAGAACGUCUAAAACGAAAACUCGGCGCUAACGCUUAUCCUUUCUGGUUUGAAGUGGCUCCGAAAAGCGCAAGCAGCGUCACUCUCCAGGUAUGGAAAACAAAAUUUACGUGUUUCCUCAAAUUUUCAUGCAGCCGGCACCUGGUGACACAGGAAAACCAUGUGGAGUUGACUAUGAAUUAAAAACGUUCGUUUUGCUCUGUGAAGGUGGUUCUGAGAAACCUAAGAAGAAGUAAUUUUCUUGAGUUCACAGUUACGAAUAAAAUGUUCAACACACUUACAGCGCAUUGAGCAAUUCUGUUCGCCUUGCUAUUCGAAAAUUGACCUACGCUCCAUUCGAAUCAAGACCACAACCUAUGGUGGAUGUUUCAAAGUAUUUCAUGAUGUCUUCUGGUUUACUUCAUAUGGAGGUGUCUUUGGACAAAGAGGUUUGUUGAACUGUCAUGUUGAGAGAAAUUUGUCAACAUUUCAGAUGUAUUAUCAUGGGGAAUCUAUUGCAGUUAACGUUCAUAUACAAAACAAUAGCAACAAGACGGUUAAAAAACUGAAAAUUUGUAUUAUUCAAGUUGCAGACAUUUGUCUAUUCACAACUGCAUCUUAUUCAUGUGAGGUGGCUCGAAUAGAAAGCAAGUAUGUCGUUCCAAUUUUCAUUUUAUUUUCUGAAGAUAAUUUUUGUAGCGAAGGAUUUCCCAUCGGCCCUGGCGCGACUUUGUCAAAAGUGUUCUCAGUAUGCCCACUUCUUAGUAACAACAAAGAUAAACGAGGACUAGCUUUAGAUGGACAGUUGAAGCACGAAGACACAAAUCUAGCUUCUAGCACAAUGUAAAAAUUGUAGAUGGCUCGAUUCCAUUAAUUUUUUUAAAAAUCGUUUCAGACUAGAUGGAAAAGUGUCAAAAGAAAGUUUGGGUAUUGUUGUGCAAUACAGAGUCAAAGUUCGCGCGGUUUUGGGUCCCCUGAACGGCGAACUUCCUGCCGAACUUCCAUUUACUUUGACUCAUUCUAAGCCUCCAGAGAGUCCAGAACGAGCGGUUAUUACAAACAAAUUUCAGAAAAGUCGAUUUGUAGAACAGUUGAUUUUAGGAUCGACUAUUAUCUUCUACCGACGGCAGAAACGGAUCGGAAACCGCUGAUGUUGAUCUCAUUCAAUUACAUGAAAAUCUGUGAGAAAUCAGUUUAAUAGUUCAAAUCUAAAAAGGAAUUUGCAGCGAAUCGCGUGACGACGAUGACCUGAUAUUUGAAGACUUUGCCAGAAUGCGACUGCAUGGAACUGAUAGCGAAGAUCAUCCAUCACCAUGCUCAAACUUGCCUCCAAGUUUAUUGUAA